AUGGACCUCGCACAGUCGCCAGCUCCGUCUCGCAAAGCCACAGUGAAACGGGUUUCGUUGGCGUGUGUGGCCUGCCGGGGUGCCCACGUGAAAUGCAAUGGCAAAAGACCCUGCGAGCGGUGUUCCUUGGAGGGCACUGAAUGCCUGUAUGCCCCAUCUCGACGAGGAGGUCUGAACCGGGCCGCUUUGGUGGCCCGACGAAACCUUGUGGUGGCCGUCCCUUCGACCACUUUCGCUCCGACGGAGAAUGCUUCUGCCUCGUCAGGGGGUGAUCCCAGAAAGACACGAGACUAUCUGCCCACGGAAGAAUGGAAUGGACAGCAUCUCGACGACACCCUGGGCUCGCACGUCGCCAGUCCCGCCAAAGAUCCGCUUAUCCAUCUCUAUUACAGGCACUUUCACAAGUUCCAUCCUCUAGCUGUGCCCCUUGCACACCUCGAGAGAUUGUUGAUUGCGGGGACCACCAAGUUGGACUUUCACCCAUUGUUGGCCCUGAUGCGCUACAUCGGCUCUCUGUAUUCCCGCUCAGUCAACUCCAACGAGCUGAAAGCCAUUGCGGCCGACGCCAUCCUCGAGCAGUUGUCACAAACCCCACCGAGUCCGGUCAUGGCACAGUGUUAUCUCCUGCAGUCUAUCUCCCUUCACUGGUGCGAUGAGCGGGAGCGAGCACAAGACAGCAUGGACACUGCAAUCCGCAUCGCACUUCGACUCUCGAUGAACCAGGCUGAUUUCGCCCUAACCCACGGCGAGGGCGACCCCGUCAUUGAGGAGAGCUGGAGGAGGACGUGGUGGCAGAUCUACAUCAUUGACGCCCACUACGCAGCCAUCCGACAUGCGAUGACCUUCCCGACCAGCGACGUGGACACUACAAUGGAACUGCCCUGUGAAGAAGAACAGUAUGAGUCGGGGAUCAUUCCAACUCCGAGGACGCUCGCCGAGUUUGAUGCCCGCGAAUUUGCCUCUGAUGACCUCGUCUUCUCAUCCUUUGCCUAUCUUAUCGGCGCCGUCCGCGGGAUCGCAUCGGCAAUCAGCAGAUUCCUGACCAGCGUGGCGAAUACGAGCGACUCAUCGAGUAUUCUGGAGGCUGUCGACGCGGCCAUUGAUGGGUGGUUGCUCUUGCUCCCAGAAUCUAAGAGGAUCGCUGUGUUUGCCAGCGGCGAGACGGACGAACACAUGUUCCAAGCACAUAUGGCCAUUCACGCGGCUACGGUGGGAUUCCACAGACCUUUAUCAGAACUUCCCUACGACUCUCUGGAGUAUUCGUCCUGCUGCUCAGCCGCCCCUCCAGAAGUUUCGCCUUCGCUCGAGCAAUCAUUCCGUGGCAUUCAUACCACCCGAUGUCUCAGAUCCACAGACUGCCUCGUGCAACUUCUUUCCAUCUCCUCGAAGCCGGCAUACCACACGCCGUUUACGGUCUGCAUGGUCUCUUCUGUCGUCCUCGCACACUUGUCUGCAUGCAGGCUUCUUUUCCAAGGGCAAAAGUUGGCAGUGGCGCGCGAUCAAAUACGGAUGUGUAUUGGUUGUCUCCGGCCUUUUGCUGGUGUGUGGCCGCUCGCCAGCAGGAGUCUGUGCGAGGUUCAGACUGUUGCCCGAGAAGUGUUGGGCCUCAAUCAUCCACAUCAGAGACACAGGCUGGUGGACUCGGAGCUGGCGACUGUCGGCAUGCACCAACACAGCAUGCUGGCCACGGAAACCCUGGACAGUUUCACGGACUACUUGAACUUGGACGACGGUCAAGAGCACUACCAGUUCUGCGGAACAGCAUCAGUGCGCCGCGUGCGUAUAAACAGCGUGAGCCUUGUGGGAGUACUUAAUCAGAAUGCAGAGGCCUCUUAUAGACUUCUCACCGACAUCGAACGCCGGAUACUUGCGUGUCGAGAGUGUCGGGAUCCACUUCUAUACCCGGGAAACCACAAGGAUACACAAACCGGAGCCCCGGAAGCGCUUCAAUACCCGAAGGACAAUUCUGCACCAGAAAAGCCCAACCAAACUUCGUCAGAUGCAAUUCAAGCACUGCCGCACCCUGGAUUGUCCGGAACCCGGGAUCCAACAAACGCCAUGUCCGGGUUGCCGACGCCGGCUUCCACGAGUAAAAGCACCAUCAGUGUCCUCCUCCUCGGGGCCACUGGGUCCCUUGGGUCUCGCAUUCUGGGCGCCCUGCUCGAAAGACCUUGCGUCGAUGUCACCGUCGUCGUGAGGAACCGGGACAAAUUGAACUCUAUCCUCUCACUCCGGGAGAACUUGUACCAACAGACACCGGAACCUGAUGCUGUAUCUUCGCCCCAGCGACAACUCUCUAUCAUCGAGGGCAACGCCGCCGAUUCGAACCUUUUAGCGCGAGUUAUGCGAGAAAAUUCCACCCGAGUCCUCGUCAAUGCUGCGGGCCACGCUCCCAUGUUCUCGCGGAGGGGUUCUCGUUCCGUCCCAGGAGAAGACAGCGAGGCCCUCAACAGCGACAAUGAAGUGGCCCGCAUCGUACGUGCUUCUGUCGAUGCGGUAGAGGCAGUGGCAAAACCAGCAGAGGCCUGUGCAGCUGACAAGAGAGUCAGAGGAUGGUUCAUAGGCGGCAUGUUGCUGUUAGACUUCCCCGAAGCGCAUGACGGAAGUGCUAAACACCGGACGGCUGAGAAGGAUCCCCGGGCUCUGGACAACUAUCUACCACUCUAUCUCCACCACCGCCCUCUGGAAUGCAUCCUGCGAUCGUCCAAACAUCUCGACUGGACGCUUGUCUGUCCUGCGAAGAUGAUCCCUCGCCCACGGCGAUCCCAUCCACCUUCUCCUUCAUUAGCCAUCGCAUCUGAUGACGCCUGGUGUGGUACAGAGCACAAGGAUCCGCAAACCCGUUCAUCACCCGCAACCCUCCUUGCGAGCGCUGACGUGCCCCCAAAGUGGACUGUCUGGCCCUCUCUUCGCAUGCUCCCCUGGGGCAUCGGGCCGCUGCUGGAGAUCAUUGCAAACUCUGCUCGGUACACGGUCACAUUUGAAGAUGUGGCGGAAUUCAUCGUCGACGGAAUCGUGUGUGAAUACGAGUUGCAGCGGCGGGAGAAGCAGGUUGUGCCCAACAAACACCACGUCGACCACGACCAGCCUGCUGCUCUGGAGCAGGCCGUUGGCCCCAAUGGAGAACGAGAAGCAGCGGAAGACACGUGCCCGAACGGCGUUUGGAUCAAUAAGAAGAUUGGCCUCGUUGCCUCCGGCAAUCCUUGA